AACUGCAAAAAUAUAGAUUUUUCCUUUUUGGUAAUUUUGCGUGUUUGCGGAUUCUGACCAUGUCCGAAGCCCACUUGGAAGCUCCACCGUCCGUGCGUCUCACCAACGAUGACUUCCGUAAGCUGCUGGCUACGCCACGGGCCCCGCCUCCCGGAUCCAGCACGGGAAGUGCGGGAGGCUCCUUGGCCACAGCUACCUUUGCCACGCCCUCAGUGGCGGGCGACAAGAAGAAAACACAAAGCAGCAGCGAGCGAAACGACCUGAGGCGGAAAAAGAAGAACUUCUAUGCGGCCCUCAAGAAGCAGGAGGAUGUCAAGUUGCUGGAGUUGUCGGAGAAAUACAGGGACCGGGCGCGCGAGCGUCGUGACAAUGCCAAUCCGGACUACACGACCGCCAGCACACCCGGCCAUGGAGGGAGUACCAAUGCCUACCGUGCCGUAGCCCCCGACAUGAAAUCGGGUAUCGAUGCCGCCGAGCGGAGACGCCGCAUCAUCCAGGAGUCCAAGUUCUUGGGCGGUGAUAUACAGCAUACUCACUUGGUGAAGGGUCUCGACUACGCCCUGCUGCAGAAAGUGCGCUCCGAGCUUCACUCAAAGGAAACCGAGGAGGAGGAAAUCGCUGCCGCCUUGGCCAGGGAGAAAUUGGCGGAGGCAGCCGCUGCCGCCGAGCAGCUGGAGGCGGAGCGCAGGGAGUCGGAGGACAUAAACGCCAUCAAUGGCUCGUUGGCGCGCAACAUCUACAAUCUCGUGCAGGCGCGUCGCUCCAAGGAGGUGCCCCGAAACGAGCUCUUUGCGCCCGGUCGUAUGGCCUAUGUCAUCGAUCUGGACGACGAGCUGGGCGAGACGGAUAUACCCACAACGCUGAAGCGAUCCAAGUUCGAGGUGCCGGCGUCGCGAGAGGACAUUGCCACGCUCACCACCAACGACAUUGUAAUCAACAAGCUGUCCCAGAUCCUCAGUUACCUGCGAGCCGGCGGUCGCAACAAGAAGAACAAGAAGCGUGACAAGGACAAGCCCCUCUUCUACGAGAAAGAUAUGGAGAGCGUGCGCACCCAACCGGGCAUCAGCAGUGCAGGUGCCAGUGCCAACCCAAAGGGAGGCAAGCCCGCUGCUCCUCUGGGGGACAGCAUCUAUGACGAUGUGGGUGACUAUCAGCCGACAGCCAAGUCUCGUGGGGAUCGGCACGCCCGCCCUGGCGGUCCGGACGCAGCCAGCAAGCCUGCUGCCGGACAGAACUCGUACUUUGGCGAUGCCCCGCCGGAGGCCGUGGAACCGGUCAUAACCAGCAUACCGCCACCCCCGAAGAUAUCCAAGGCAAUGGCCUCGCGAUUCGCAAACGAACCAGAAGGCUAUGCCGAGUGCUAUCCGGGCCUGGAGGAGAUGAACGACGCCAUCGACGACUCGGACGAUGAGGUGGACUACACGAAGAUGGAUCUGGGCAACAAGAAGGGUCCUAUCGGCCGCUGGGACUUUGACACGCAGGAGGAGUACUCUGACUACAUGAGCACCAAGGAGGCCUUGCCCAAGGCUGCCUUCCAGUAUGGCGUCAAGAUGCAGGAUGGCCGCAAGACGCGCAAAAACAAGACGGAAAAGAACGAGAAGGCUGAACUGGAUCGGGAGUGGCAGAAGAUUCAGACCAUCAUACAAAAGCGUAAAAUGCCCAAAGACCGAGAUGGUGGUGGCGGUGGCGGACGCGACGGAGGCGAUGAACCCGAAUACAAAUCGGCCAAGUACUAGGAGAUUGCUGGAAGCUGCGAACUUUUUCGGCUCCACUUUUACAAAUACGAUAGAUCCGUUGUUUGAUUCCAAUUUUGGAUAAUUCUAAAUGGCAUGCGAUGCCAGUCGAACAGAGAUACGAUUGAUAAUUCUUGAAACAUUAUUCUAUAUUUUUAAUAUAAUGCUGUAAAACUUUAAAGAUAA